AUGAAGGGUGAAAAGAGCCAUAUACGUUUGAUGGAGAUUGGACCGCGAAUGAAGCUGGAGCUGCUGAAAGUCCAGGAUGGAAUUGAUGAGGGUGAGGUUCUGUACCACAAAAUUAUCAAGAAAACCAGUGAAGAAUUAGAAGCACUGAAGAAAGAAGCACCAAAAAAGAAACUAUUGAAGAAACGAAGGGAAAAAGAGGUGCAGCACCGUGUAAUUCGCCGUCUAGAAAAAGCGAAGGAAAUGGCGAAGCAAGAGGAGGAGGAGCUCAAAGCGUUCAAAGAAAAAGCUGCAAGAAAACAAGCUGCUGCAACGGGGCAAACAGAAGAUAUCGAAAACAGCAAAGAGAGGGAUCGAGAGAUUGCUCUGAAUAGAGAGCGUGAAUUGAAACGUGGCAGCGGUGGCGGCGAAGGUCAGAACCGUCCAGUGGAACCGGAACGAAAACGUCGACGAAAAGAUUCCCAUGGCACGAAAGAGGGACCAAGGAAGCUAUUUCGUAAAGGAAUGAAAGAAUAA